UGCUCAGGAGAUUAUUCACACAGCCUCUAAAAAAAGCUCUCCACUCAAUGCCACACUCACAGACUGUAAGUGAAAAUCACUUGGUCUGGGGUUCAGCUGCCUAUUUCUUGCCAUGACUGCGUUUUACCGGAUACUUCUCCUGUUAUCUGUGGCCGUGGCCUCUGUGGCGACACGCAGGUCCCAGCGGACAAAAAGAGGGUUACUCGAGUUGGCAGGAGCCAUCAAAUGCAGCACAGGGAGAUCUGCCUUGGCUUACAUGAUGUACGGAUGCUACUGUGGACUGGGUGGUCAGGGCUGGCCCAGAGACAGGGCAGACUGGUGUUGUCACAGACAUGAUUGCUGUUAUGGAGAUGCAGAACAUCUUGGCUGCCAAACCAAAACAGCCCAGUAUCAGUGGAAGUGUGAGGACAAGGCAUCUGAGUGUGAUGAUUUGAAGGACAAAUGUGAAAAGCUGCUGUGCAAGUGUGACAGAGAUGCUGCCAAAUGUUUGAGAAAAGCACCUUUCAUCCGGAAAUAUGCUUUAUGGCCAGAUUUUCUCUGUGGUGAUGAACACCCUACUUGUAAUAUUUACUAACACAAUAAAUGCAUUUGCAUGUCCUAUGUGCCUUUUGUAAAUAUAACAUGUUACAGCAAUAAUGGGAAUGGCAUUGCUCUCAAGAUCAGAAACUCUACAUUUUUGCUUUACAUUGUGUUAUAUUUUACUGUUCUCAAUGUCACAUCAUUAUCAGACUCUUUGUGAAAACACAUAAUGAUUUGUGUGAGGAGUAAAACAGUGUUGUGAUUUUACACAUACCUUUAUAUGAAAUUUGUUUUGCAGAAAAUAAACUCUAAAUUUUGUCAUGA